AUGGAAGAAAAUGGUCAAUUUUCACUUUCUCAGGCUACAAAAUCUGGUAAAUCAGCCAUAUUAGAUAAUGUUAAAGAUAUCAAGGUAGAAAAUUUCUCAAUAGCAGCCCGUGGUAAAGAGUUAUUUGUUAAUGCAACACUACAAAUCUCAGAUGGUAGAAGAUAUGGUCUAGUUGGUCCAAAUGGGCAUGGUAAAACAACAUUAUUAAAACAUAUAGCUAGUCGUCAGUUACAAAUACCAUCUAAUAUAGAUGUUUUAUAUUGUGAACAAGAUGUGGUAGCUAAUGAAACUAAAGCAAUAGAUGCAGUAUUACAAUCAGAUAAAACCAGAGAAAAAUUGUUACAAGAAGAGAAAUCAUUAACAGAAUUAAUGGAAAAACAGGGAGAAGAUCAUCAAGAUAGAUUAAAUCAGGUAUAUGAAGAAUUAAAUGCUAUAGGAUCUGAUGCAGCAGAAGGUAAAGCUAGAAGAAUUUUAGCUGGUUUAGGUUUUACAUUAGAAAUGAUGGAAAGAGCUACUAAAAAUUUAUCUGGAGGUUGGAGAAUGAGGGUAUCUUUAGCUAGGGCUUUAUUUCUAGAACCAACAUUAUUGAUGUUAGAUGAACCUACAAAUCAUUUAGAUUUAAAUGCUGUCAUUUGGUUAGACAAUUAUUUACAACAGUGGAAGAAGACAUUAUUAGUUGUUUCUCACGAUCAGAGUUUUUUAGAUAAUGUUUGUACAGAUAUAAUACAUUUAGAUAUGCAGAAACUCUUCUAUUAUAAAGGCAAUUAUGCUAAUUUCAAGAAAAUGUUUGUACAGAAGAGAAAAGAACAACAGAAAGAAUAUGAUAAACAAGAAAAGAAACUAAAAGAUAUGAAAGCUUCAGGAAAAUCUACUAAACAGGCUGAAGCUAAACAGAAGGAAAUGAUAGGAAAGAAAAAUAAAGAUAAAAACAAAUCUAAACAAGCUUUUGCUGAAAAUGAAGAAAAAACAGAAUUAAUGCAGAAACCUAAAGAUUAUGUUGUUAAAUUCCGAUUUCCAAAUCCAGCUCCACUCAGUCCGCCUAUUUUAGGUCUCUACUCUGUAUGGUUUAAUUAUAAAGGACAAGAUAAUUUAUUUGAAAAUGUAGAUUUUGGUAUAGAUAUGCAGUCUAGAAUUGCUAUUGUUGGGCCUAAUGGUGUAGGAAAGAGUACCUUAUUAAAAAUGUUAGUUCAAGAACUAGAACCAGUUAAAGGAGAAGUAAGAAAGAAUCAUAGAUUAAGGUUAGGUAUAUACAAUCAACAUUCAGCAGAUCAGUUAAAUUUAGAUGAAUCUUCAGUAGAAUAUUUAAGAAGAUUAUUUGAUAUGCCUAUUCAAGAUUGCCGCAAGACAUUAGGAAAGUUUGGAUUACCCAGCCAUGCCCAUACUAUAUUGAUACGUGAUUUAUCUGGGGGACAGAAAGCCCGAGUUGCUCUAGCUGAUUUAACAUGUCGAGCUCCUGAUGUUCUUAUCUUGGAUGAACCUACCAAUAAUUUAGAUAUAGAAUCUAUUGAUGCACUAGCUGAAGCUAUCAGACAUUUUGAAGGAGGUGUAGUUAUAGUCAGUCAUGAUGAAAGAUUAAUAAGAGAUACAGAUUGUCAGUUAUGGGUUGUGGAAGACAAGACAAUCAAUGAGAUUGAAGGUGGUUUUGAUGAUUAUAGACAUGAAUUAUUGGAAGCUUUGGGUGAAAAUAUUGCUAGUGCUGCUGCUCAAUCCAAAUAG